AGUUACAGCACUGCCAGAUGAAAGAUGUUGCUGCACGUUUUGGUUUUCUUUGGCCUGCUAGUUACUGAGGGACAGUCUGCUGCUUGUGCUACCGAGUAUGUGGCGAUAUGCUAACGGGGUUUGGAGUGGUGGCAGAGCUGGACGCGGGAUUUCAGAUAAUAUCUCCAUUCGUCAGAAGAAACAAAACAUCUUAAAUCUCUUGGCAUGUUGGAAUGAGGACCAAGCAAACAACAUUCAAGAUACAUUCCACUCCAACAUCAAGUAUGAAAGGUACAGAAGCUGCAGGGAAAUCCAUCAGUAUGACAAUAACGCGAAAGAUGGGAUUUAUUCCUUGACUACUGAGCAUGGCAUUUCCUAUCAGACCUUCUGUGACAUGACUACUGAUGGUGGAGGCUGGACCUUAGUAGCCAGUAUUCAUGAGAACAAUAUUAAUGGAAAGUGCACAGUUGGUGAUCGCUGGUCCAGCCAACAAGGCAACAAUGAAAACAACCCGGAAGGAGAUGGGAACUGGGCAAACUACAAUACAUUUGGUUUAGCAGAUGGAGCAACCAGUGAUGACUACAAGAAUCCCGGCUAUUACGACAUUGGUGCCAAUAAUGUGGGUUUAUGGCAUGUGCCAAACAAGACUCCACUGUCCCUGUGGAAAGACACUGCUCUUCUUCGAUAUUACACAAAAAGUGACAUCCUUUCAGCCCAUGGAGGGAAUCUCUUUAAUCUCUAUAAGAAAUAUCCUGUAAAAUUUAAUGUUGGGACGUGUCCAGACAAUAAUGGACCUUCUGCACCAGUUGUUUACGAUAAGGGAAGUGCACAGGAGACGGUCAGACUGAACGCGCCCAAUGCAAAAAAUGAAAUUACUGGCGGUUUUAUCCAGUUCCGAGUAAUUAACAAUGAAAAGGCAGCAAUUGCUUUAUGUCCUGGAAUGAAGGUCACCAAUCGCUGCAAUGCAGAACAUUACUGCAUUGGAGGAGGCGGCUACUUUCCAGAGGUGAGCCCUAGGCAAUGUGGAGACUUCCCAGCCCUGGACUGGAAUGGUGUUGGCGCACACAAAGACUGGAGCGCUAGCAAAGAAUUAACAGAUGCCGCUGUACUGAUCUUUUACCGCUAAGCUCCUGCACAAAUAUAGCACCACUAACCAGCUUCUGUUCAACCACAAAUAUUGCAUUCUAAAUUCAAUAUCCAGUUUUAAUAUUGUAUGAGCAGAUAUAGAUUUGACUUAUACACCCUAAUGCAGUGUCUUUUUCAUAUUAAACCAUUUUCAUGGCCAUCCAAUCCCCAAUAGCUUGUAUAAAUAUUACAUUGAUUUAAAGUUUUGUUCUUUAGAACAUAGUAGGGAAGGGACAAGUCAGACUGAAGGAGCAUUGCGGUCUAUUAAAGAGAAAUAAUCCUUUUUACAACUUUUUAGAUAAAAUGUAAGUAUGAUCAUCUUAAUUUAAAUAAGUCUAUCAAUAAAGACUGAUGUGUUAAAACCCUUA